GCGUAUUUUAGGGUCAACUGCUGCCCCACGCCCAGCGCUGAUAUCAUUCAACUCUCUAACCUUCCCCGAACGCUCCCUCUCCCACUUCUCUUCUCUAUUAACAUUAACUUUCCUUAUACUCGCGUUUUACUUUUAUCAAUCACAUCGCAUUGUUCCUCACCCCUUGCUAUCUCAACUAAAACCACCACAAUGGUCGGAAUUGGUCCCAAACGUCCCCCAUCCCGCAAGGGUGAGUUUGUUAUCAGCAAUGCCCCGCCACGGGUUUACCGAUUCGGCUUCUAAUCAUCGGCAUCCCGUCUACAGGAUCGAUGCAUGAGCUCCCCCAGAACUUGUUGGAGCAGAUUAAGCAAUUCGAGGACAUCUUUACCGUGGACGGUACCAAACUCAAGCAGAUUGUGGACCAUUUCGUGAAGGAGCUCGAAAAGGGUGGGUUUUCACCGGUCCGUUCGGCUGAUGGAGGUUGAAGGCUGAUCGAUAGCGGAUUAGGUCUAAGCGUCGAGGGGGGGAACAUUCCAAUGAAUGUGACCUGGGUCAUGGGAUUCCCCGAUGGCGACGAGCAGGGAACCUUCCUCGCUUUGGACAUGGGCGGCACCAACCUGCGUGUCUGUGAGAUCACCUUAACAGAAGAGAAGGGCGCUUUCGACAUCACUCAGUCCAAGUACCGUAUGCCGGAGGAGUUGAAGACGGGCACCGCGGAGGAGCUGUGGGAAUACAUAGCCGACUGUUUGCAACAGUUCAUUGAAUCCCACCACGAGGAUGAAAAACUGUCUAAACUACCAUUGGGCUUCACCUUCUCCUAUCCUGCUACCCAGGAAUAUAUUGAUCAUGGUGUCCUCCAGCGUUGGACCAAGGGCUUCGACAUUGACGGAGUAGAGGGCCAUGAUGUCGUCCCCCCAUUGGAGGCAAUCCUCAGGAAAAGAG